AUGGGCAUACGAUGGCUCUCGACGCCGCAGAGAAUUCUCCCCGUGCUACUGAUUUUGAUUCUUGUCCUGGUAUUUCACCUUCUAGAUCAAGUGAGUGAGUGGAUCCAAGAUUGGGAGGAAGAGACAUGGCUUACUGAUUGUUCGUCCUGGAGUAUAGUCGCCGGCGAUAUUCAUUCGAGGAGACGGCACCGACAACGACAACGAUGACCAUGCACAACGGCCGCCGAAAAAUCUACAUUUCCUGGUACCGGCCUCCAGUUCCAAUGCCAAUCUUUGCAAACUCAUGGUCAGCGCCGCGAUUCUUGCAUACCCCAGUCCAGCGAUCUUGAAUUGGGAUGCGCCUUUCGAUGACCCGAAUCUGGUCGAAGCAGGAUCGCACGUGGCCAAAAUCACAGGCGCUCACGAGUAUCUUCAGAACUUGGAUGCCAGUCAUGACGAAGAUAUCGUCUUGAUGGUGGAUGGCCAUGAUGUGUGGAUGCAACUCCGACCCCAGGUAUUGAUCGAUCGCUUCCAUGAGAUCAAUCGGCAAGCGGAUGCGAGGACACGCAAAGAGUUGGGCAAGCGAGUGGUACAGAGACAUGGGUUGAAGCAGAAGAUUGUGAUGGGAUCUCAAAAGGGAUGUUGGCCCUGGACUUUCAACGAUCCACCCUGCUAUGCGGUUCCAACAUCGCCCCUGCCGGAGGAUGUAUAUGGACCGGAAACGGAUACGGAGAUUAAAGAUGGCUUGAGCCCCUACCAGAAGUAUAGCCAGCGAUUCCUCAACUCCGGAGUAAUGGUGGGCGAACUAGGUGCCAUGCGCAAGCUGUUUGCCCAAGCGAUGGAACAGUUGAAAGCAGAACCGAACAUCGGGAGUGAUCAGUACAUCUUCUCCCAUAUCCUAGGCGAUCAACAAAUCUAUCGCGAAACUCUACUCAACAAUAUUCCGCAAACAAUCAGGAAGUACAAACAAUGGAACAAAGAACUCUCCCCGUCCGACGAAAGAAUCCGCACCCAUCUCCACGAAGUCCGCGAAAAGGCAGCAGCAAGAGGGGACAAAUCCUUCGAAUUCGGAAUCGGAGUAGACCAUACUUCCCUCCUAGGCCUCGACACCGUCUUCGCGGAAGACGACACAGAAUGGCUCCAUUUCAACGACAGCUAUCAGCUCUCCCUCGCCCAGCAAGAGAAACAACUCCCCUCGACUUCAAACCCUCUCUCCCUCAACAAGGACAUCCAACAUUCCCUCCCACCCUUCUGGACCUUCACCACGGAACCUUUCCUCCCCUCCCGCAAGCACCCCUGGUCCCAAACCCCUCUCUUCACAAACAUCUACACAGGCAUCACACCCGCCGCUAUCCACCACAACGCUCACCGUGGCGAUCGCGAGACUCUACGGGAAACAUGGUGGGACAAGACGUGGUAUUUCCCCCAUCUGAGGACCCUCUACGACGUGGCCAUGUAUACUCCCACAUUACCCGUCGCUUUCAGCAACGGGAGAGAAUGGUGGCCCUACGAGACCUGGAAAGGCGGAGGCCGGAAUGGGAUUUCGGGGCCGGGGAAUUCCAGUCCCGGGGCUUGGAUUCCUUUCGAAGAUCUGUGUGUGGAGCAUCAUGAGGAGGUGUUCCGGGAUGGGAUGGGGCGGUGGAGGAGACCUCAGGGGUAG